AUGGCAGCUCCGAAUACCUACGCCGUCCAUCUCUCCUCGGAGACCCACAAGAUCGAGGCCUGGUGCGAAUCGGACGAGGCUUUGGCUAAGCAACUGCAGGAGGAGGAGGAUUCGCUCGCUACAAGGGAAUUUGCCGGCAGCGUGUCCUUGGAACCAUCAUCACCAGCUGUUGAGUAUAGGCCUGCCAAUAAUGCAGCUCAGGUGGCGACAGAAGAUAAUGUCGAUCCGGAUAAUAUGUCAUACGAGCAACUGCAAGCAAUCGGUGAAGAAGUAGGAACUCAGUCCAGAGGAUUAUCUGAUGACCUGAUCAGCUACCUGGAGCCUUUUAGGAACAAAUGUAACUUCUUCUCCUGCAAAAAGAAUACCGAUGAGUACGUGACAGUUAGUUUUACUCUGAAUCGAUCAUCAUUUUGUAACCCUAUGAUGAACAAUAAUCGUGUGAUACCCCCAUGCAGAUGUGUGAUCUGCAAAUCGAGCUAUAAAAGCCUACAGAAGUUGAUAAGAUUGCCCUGCAGCCAUUGUUACCAUGCAAAUUGCAUAACUCGCUGGCUUAAGAUUAACAAGUCCCUCCAUCCCAAAAUAAGUGACUCAACUUUGUACUAA